GAGGGUAUAAACCUCUUUUUUCUAAAAGACCAAAGUACCCCUCGAUGUGGGGCCCAGUUUUUGCCUCAUCAUCAUCCUCUUCCAUUGAAACCCUAGCCACCUCUGCCAUGGCGUCGGGGACCGUCCCCUCCUCGCAUCCAGAUUGGGCGAAUCUGUUGGGCGAGGUACUCACCCUCAUAGCCAAACGCCUCUCCGCCGUUGACUACUGCAGUUUCUCCGCCGUCUGCACUUCGUGGGCGUCGAUCGCGUCGCCGGAGAACGGCAUGCCCCGUCCUCUCUCCUUAAGAAAGAACGAACCUUAUUUAAUAUUCUCCGGAGACGGCUUCGGCAACUGCCAGCAGAGCGAUUUCUGCACUCUGUUUGAUUACCUGGACAAUUCUUUCACAAAGAUCCAUCAUUUACCAGAGAUUCGGGGCAAGUGGAUCGUCGGAAGUCAAUUCGGAUGGCUCGCCGUCAUAGACGAGUUGGCAAACCCUAGCCUCCUCAAUCCCUUCACGAGAUCUCAAAUCGAUCUCCCUCCGAUAACGGCUCAUCCUGAGGUGGAGCCUGUUUAUGACUCUGAGGGAUCUUUGGCGGGGUACAGCUGCUAUGAUGGCAGCGAAUACUACACACUGGAAGAAUCCCAAUCGGCCCUUGUAUUUCGAAAGCUUGUGUUGUCCUCGAACCCUGCCGAUGGUGAUUUUGUGGACCCU